AAGCGUGUUAUCGUGACACGCAGGGCGGGUUUCAAACAGGAAGUUUACCUUGUACAUUGUGUAUGUGAGGUCUGUUGGUCCCGUCGUUGUAUGUUUGUGAAGGUCUUUUCGUAGGUUUCUGAUUCGAGAACCGCCUGCUAAUUGACCACACCACAUAAUGAUGAAGUAGAGUUAUCUCCCCUGAAAAUGACCCAGACUUUCGAGUUCCGGCCCCUGUUUCUAGUGGGCCCUUUCUUUGCGUUGUUGGGGCUUAUCGUCUACCUGGUGGGGCUCUUAACCUGCCAUUGGAUGGACGCCCAGGAUGAUGGCUUAGGUCUGUGGGGCUACUGCCAUUAUACUCUGGCUGUGUCGGUGCCAGGCGAUUAUGUGAGUCUCGGUACAGCCAUGGCGAUUCUAGCCAUCAUUUGUCUUGUCGGCAGCUACGUAGUUCUCGCCUAUCACUUGUUGAAGAACCGUGGACAGAUCUUAGAUCAUAAACAACAGUUUUUGGUGAUAGCGGUGAUGGAAGUUCUAUCAGGAUGCUUGGUAGCUGUCUUUCUGGGCAUCUUGGUAGGUGAGGCCACUAGAGGAAGUGACGACGAUCCCGUCUACGGUUUCGGCUUCUCAUUUGGAUUGGCUGCUCUGGGUUCUUGCUUCAUGCUGAUUGGUGGAAUCGUCGAGAUUGUGAUUGUUGUGAUGCACAGGACCUACAACUACCAGAUACUACCCCACUCACACUAACCCUACAACUACCACAAUACCCCCCUCCCACUAGCCCUACAACUACCAGACACUACCCCACUCACACUAACCCUACAACUACCAGACACUACCCCCCUCCCACUAGACCUACAACUACCAGACACACCAACUAGACAAUCUUGUUUCAUUGUCGCUGUAGUGUAUACUAUUAAAAUCAUAAACUUUUUACACCUUUCUUAUACAAUUUUAAAAAAUUUUCUUAAUUAUAUAUAAUUAAAUUUAUAAUUAGAUGUUUUUGCCGGAUGGAGAUAUUGCCGGAAACGUUAGUAGCACCUAAGAUUUUUAAUUCCAAUUAAGAAUUGUUUUUAUUGUUACUUGGUUGUCUUGAUAUAUUUUUCACUGACUUGCAAAUAACGAAAUAAAGAGUGGCAGAAGCU